AUGUCAUACUAUGAUCAGAUAGAAAUUGAGGAUAUGACUUUUGAUCCUACAACACAAUUAUUCACAUAUCCAUGUCCUUGUGGUGAUAAAUUCCAAGUAUUUAUUGAUGAUUUACAAGAUGGUGAAGAUGUUGCAGUUUGUCCAAGUUGUUCUUUAAUGAUUCAAGUUAUUUUUGAACCUGAAGAUCUUGAAGAGUUCUAUGAAGAAAUGAAUACUGAUGAUUUAGUUGCACAACCUAUUGCUGCUUAG